AUGGAAUCCAGAUCAGUACAAUCUCAGGAUGUUUCUCCGAGUCGAUGCAGGAAGAACGAAGGGCAGGUGGAGAAUCUGAGAAUACAGCUGCGGCAACUUGCAGAAGAGUUUGCCAGAUUUGAAGCCUGGGGCUCGAAAGAGGACGAAAGCCCUAUUUCCUUACAGGAGGAGGAGGAGGAGGAGGAGGACGACGACGACGAGGAAGACAGAGACAAUCCCUUCCGGACUCCCAGCACAGAGAGAGAAUCGUCCAGAGAGGAGGAAUCCAACGACCAGGAACAGGACCAGGUUCAAUUCGAAGAGGAUUUCUCAAACAAAAUCCCAGUCUACGACGAAUAUCCAUUUGACCUCCUUCAGGUAUCUCUACAGUCCCUGCCGCGGCCAUGCUGCGACCUUCUAGUACUCCAUGGGAUCUAAUCUUCCUGAUAAAUCUUCUUCCACAAAACGAGGUUCCAAUCGCCGCCGGCGACUUCUGCAUCGAAGGGGAUACCACCUCCCCUCAUAUCUCCAUCGAGAAGAGAGAAUCUGACGAUGGCCAGAUCGAGCAAGUGCGGUGA